AAUCUUUCUUUUCUUUGUUCCUAAGUUACUUAUAAGUUGUAAUUAUUGAUUUAAGAACGAAAACGUUAGUACUCUUUAUCUUUAGCUCUUAUCCGCGAUUUGAAAAUUCAAAUGUCGGACAGAAGGGGGUAUAGCCGUGAUGGAUCUAGAGACUCCAGACACAGUGGUUCCACAAAUUAUCCACAGAAUUUUCAAAGUUCUCACAGGAGCUCACAUGACUCUAGCCGUAGCAACCGGCGAGAUAACAGUUCAAGAGAUUAUCAUCACCCGGAUGAAAAUUCAAAGAAACAUGAGCAUACCCGUAUAACUGAAAACUCCACUGUCAUUCGAGUUUCAUAUGAUAUUGUCAAUUGUCUUUCUGCGAGAGGGAAUGCCAAAGUUGGUGAACUUCAAGAUAAAUCUGGUGCCCACAUAAAGGUUCUUCAUGAAGAUGACAACUGGGUGGAUGUUGGUGUCCGGAUAUCUGGUGAACUAGAACAAAUAAAACUUGCUGAAAAAAUGAUCAAAGAACUGAACAGUUCAACUUCAAACAGUAACGCCAAUCAUUUAACAUCAUACCAAAGCUCUAGCAAGGGUGAUGGUACUUCCCUUGAUGAUUGGACUUUUAAUGCAGCUGAUUCUGGGAUGAAGAAACCUAAAUGGGAAAAUGAGAGACAGUUAGAUUCCGAAAGAUGGCAGAAACCAUCUUUUGAACCGCCUAGACGGCAAAAUCAUGUUGAAUCAGAAACUCGGCACUCGCAGCUGUCUGCAAAUACAUUAAUUAUCAAAGUGCCUUCUGGAUCUGUUGGACGGAUUAUUGGCCGUGGUGGAGCCAAGAUUAAUGAACUGCAAGAUCAGAGUGGGGCGAGAAUCAAAGUUCUCAAGGAUGAGGAUAAUGGAACGGAAGCUAGCAUUCAAAUCACUGGAGACGCUGAGAGGCAGAAAGAAGCUGAACGUUUAAUAAACGAACUCGUAUCAACUAGUAGCUUUCCCGGUUCUGUAUCUUCUACCAAUUCAGCUCAGCCGCAUGCUGUGCCAGACCAAACCGAUGCUGCAUUUGUGGAUUGGGGUGCCGUCAUCAGGGAUUCAAAAGAAGCCUCAAAACGACGUUGGGCCAACAGUCCAAAAAUUUGCAAAAAUUUCUAUAUAGAGGACCCUGAAGUGGCAGUCAUGUCCCGUGAAGAGGUCGAGAAAUUUCGGUUAACUCAUAAUAACAUUACAAUCUCACACUACAAAUCAGAUGAUACGCGCCCGAUUCCGAACCCUGUGAUGACUUUCGCUCAAGCAUUUGCACACUAUCCUGAAUUAUUAGAAGCCGUUCAGAGCCAGCAGUUCAAAGAUCCUUCACCAAUUCAGUGCCAAGCUUGGCCGGUUCUACUUAAAGGUCAUGAUCUCAUUGGUAUUGCACAAACGGGUACAGGGAAAACCUUAGCAUUUCUUCUUCCGGCCCUGAUUCAUAUUGAAGGGCAACCCGUGGCUCGUAGUGAGCGGCAAGGACCAAGUGUUCUCAUUAUGGCACCGACCCGUGAACUUGCUCAGCAAAUCGAGAGGGAAGUAGCAAAAUUUCCCUGGAAAGGUAUCAAAUGUUUAUGCGUUUACGGUGGCGGUGACAGACGUCAACAGAUCGGCGCUGUAUCUGCGGGAGUAGAGAUAGUCGUUGCAACUCCAGGCCGACUCUACGAUCUUAUGCAAGCUGGUGCUCUUAAAACCAGCUCGGUCUCGUACGUCGUUUUGGAUGAAGCCGAUCGAAUGCUUGAUUUGGGUUUUGAACCGCAAAUCAAAAAGAUUCUCAUUGACGUCCGACCCGACCGGCAAAUCAUAAUGACCAGUGCAACCUGGCCCGAAGGUAUCCGGCGAAUUGCAAAUGAAUACAUGGACAACCCUCUCCAAGUGUGCGUUGGAACUUUAGAUUUGGCUGCAUGCCACUCAGUCACCCAGCACGUAGAGAUAUUGGAUGAGGAGGACAAGCGUCAACGGCUGUUGGAUUUUAUUCACAAUCUUGAUCCCAAUGAUAAGGCAAUCGUCUUCGUGGGUCGUAAAUUGGUCGCAGAUCAAGUGGCCAGUGAACUGAGUUUAAUUGGCAUCAGCUGCCAAUGCAUCCAUGGCGAUCGCGAGCAGAUAGACAGAGAACAGGCGUUAGCUGAUCUGCGAAACGGUGACGUGAGAUUGCUGGUUGCUACAGAUGUAGCCUCACGAGGCAUUGAUAUAAAAGACAUUACGCAUAUCCUAAACUAUGACUUCCCCCGCCAUGCGGAAGAAUAUGUCCAUCGAGUCGGUAGGACAGGUAGAGCAGGAAGAACUGGAAUAGCAAUUUCUUUCAUGACCAGGGAAGAUUGGUCCAAGGCCAGCGAUCUUAUAGAUAUAUUGAAAGAGGCGAAUCAAGAAGUACCUCCGGAGCUGACUAGAAUGGCAGAAAGAUUCGCUGCGUGGAAAGAACGAAAAGACGAAGAAAGGCAGAGAAAUGCUGCCGAUAUGGGCGGUGGAAGUGGAUUUCGUGGUCGAGGAGGUCGCCGAGGAGAUCGAGACGGCGGAUUCGGUGGUGGAUUUGGUUCUAGACGAGGAGGUUUUGGUCGAGAUUUCAUGUGAUAAGAAUAGGAGAUGUUCUUUUGUUAACAUUUUAUGUUUAUUAAAUGUUUGACACAGAAAAUUUCAAUUUAAUGUUAUGGUUGCAAUUCAGCCAUUUGCCAGUGUAGCUGUAUCAUUACUCAGAGUCUCAUCCAAUUUUCUCUUUUGUUUUUGCCUUGAAGAAAGACUUUGACGUGGUUUUGAAGAACUACUAGUUUUCUGUGUUGGAGUUCUUCGUGUUUUCUUUUGUUCAGUAACUGGUUGACUUGGUGCUCCAGAGUUCAUUAUCAUGUCUUCUACUCAUGAAAAUACAUGGGAAGCUCAGAA